CCGCUUGGAACAGAAUGAAAAUCUGCCGUACCGUCAACACGUGAAGAGAGGCUGAGUUCGCUUUAAUGAAUGAGUUAUUUAAAAACAACCAUUCUGAUUCGGAUUCGGAAUUAAAAAUAAAUUCGAGUUACGCGCAAAGUUACAACAAUUGGAGACAGAAAGAGGAACUGAACAAAUUGAAAACAAAGUAUGGUGAACACAUUAAAGAUCUUCAUACGUCGGACGAGGAUUCCAGUACCUCGGAGGAGGAGGAUGAAGAUGGAAAGGAAUUGACUGAGACGUUCGAAAAAAACUUUUACAAAACCUUGGCGUGCUUAAAAAAUAAAGACCCUCGAAUUUACGAUGAAAAAGUUACUUUCUUCGAUGACGUCGAACAGGACGAGGAGAACUCCAAAGCGAUGAUUAAAGAGAAAGCUAAAGACAAGCCCCUGUUCUUGAGAGACUAUGAACGCAAAGUUAUGCUCGAACGAGAUGGUAAAUUUAGCGACAGCGAAGAUGAAGAAGCUCUCCAGCAAGAGAAUAAUCAACCUUCAGCUCCCACCUAUGUGGAAGAGCAGCGCAAGCUGAAGGAAAGCUUUAAAAAGAUCUUGGAGGAGGAUGAAGAUGAUGAGAAAGCUGAUCUACUAAAGCCAAAAGCAAAAUCUAACGAAGAUGAAAAAAAGGAGGAAGAAGCUUACAAGGAAUGGCUGAAGGGUCAGCAUAAGGAAAUCGAUGGGGAGGAUAAGAAAGAAUUAAAACCUUUGCGAGAUUUUUGGACUGACCCAAAACUAGAUCAAAAUGAGAAAUUUCUUAGAGACUAUAUUCUGAAUAAGAAAUUUUUGGAUCAAGAUUCUAAUGAUUUCAACUCGGAGUACGAUUUGAUGGUUCAUGAUAGUGAUGAGAAUUUGAGUGAAGAUGAGAAGAACAUUGAAACGCAAGAAGAAUUUGAGCACAAAUAUAAUUUUCGAUUCGAAGAGCCUGAUCAAGAAUUCAUAAAGAGAUAUCCUCGAACCCUUGAGAAUUCAAUGAGACGUAAAGAUACACGGCGUGCUGAAAAGAGGGUCGAAUUAAAAAGGAGAAAAGAGGAAGAAGCUAUUCGAAAGCGCGAAGAAUUAAAACAAUUGAAGGCUCUCAAACGAAAGGAGAUUGAAGAAAAGAUCGAGAAAUUAAAAGAAAUUACUGGUAACGACGAUAUAAACUUCAAUGAAGUUGAUUUGGAUGGGGAUUUCGACCCAGCCGAGCAUGAUCGUAAGAUGCAGGCUAUGUUUAAUGACGAAUUUUAUGCUGGACCUGAAGGCGAUCUGAAACCGGAAUUUCCAGACAUUGAUCAAGAACUAGAUAUCGAAACAACGUGGGAUAAGUAUGAUCCGAAACAGGAGGAAGUAAUACCGGAAACCGAGUAUAGUGACGGACCGCACUGCGACGACCCAGAUUUCAAUAUGGAUGCCGAUUAUGAUCCAACGAAGACACUACAGGAAGAAUUGAUCGAUUCUUCUCGAAAAAAGAAGAGACGAAGACGUAAUAAAUUGGCGGUGGCAGUUUCUAAGGAGAAGCCUAUUUUUGAUCCAACUGCGAAUCCAUCAUAUCAAGCGUAUUUAGAUCAAUAUUACGCUUUGGAUUAUGAAGAUAUGAUCGGUGACCAGCCUUGCAGAUUUAAAUACAGAAACGUUGUCGCGAAUGAUUAUGGGCUAACAAUAGACGAAAUCAUUAUGGCUGAUGAUAAAGAAUUGAACAAAUGGUGUUCGCUGAAAAGAGCGCUUCAACACAGACCUGAAUAUCUCGAGUUGAAUGACGUUACAUCUUACCAACAAAAAGCUCGUAAUGAAGCGUUAAAGAAGAAAAUAUUCAAAAGCAUAUAUGGGCCGAAAGAAACAGUUGAAGGUACGGAGCCAAACCCUGGUACCGGUAAUCAGCAAAAUCAAGAGGCACAUAAGAAGAAACGGAAAAGAAAUAAGCGCAAGAAUGUUGCUACAACUGAAAGUGAUCCUGCUAAUGGAAACAAAAUAUCCAUUGAAAGGUCUGAGUCUCAUCCUCCAAAACAUGAUGUUGACGAAUUCAAAGUUACAAGUAAAUUGAAGGAAGAUGUCACGAAGAAGAAGAAAAAAAGGAAAAUCACAGAAAACGGACAAAGUUUCAUAACCGAAAAUGCAGACGAAUCGCAGACACAGGUAAGACAGACGGAAAUUGAAUGCAAUGGGUCGGAAAAGAAGAAAGCUAAAAAAGGUAAGCUAGUCGAAAACAAAAAAGAUAAAAUCAAUGUUCACAAAGAACCGAGUAGUCAGAUUUCUGAAAAGAUCAAUUCUGCGAAUGAUUCCGUAAAACAAAACGUGAAUCCUAAACGUAAACAGAAACAAAAGGGUAAAACUUCGAAGGACGAUAAGAAAGGUAAAAAUAAAAUGACACAUAACAAAGUAAUAAAAAAUAAGAAGGAUGUGGUAACAGAUUUGAGUGCAGAGAGAUUGAAGGCUUAUGGAAUCAAUCCGAAGAAGUUUAAAAAUAAGUUGAAGUAUGGGAAUAAAAAUUAAUGUUCCACAUUCAAUAUGCGUUUAGCAACAAAUGUACAUAAAUCAUUGUUAUUACAAUCAAAAUUUUUAUGAAUCGAU